GAGAAAGAAAAAGAUAUAGAAGAUUGAAUAGUAAUAGUUAGAAAUAACAGAAUGAGCCACCGGAAGGAGGAAUCGCCGUCGGCGUUGCCGCUGCUUCGAAGUAGCGAAAGAGAUGACGGGUCCGGGUCCGGGUCAAAGUCAGGGUCAGGGUCAGGGUCAGGGUCUGGGUCAAAGGCAUCGCUUAGUGGUUCUGUGUUCAAUUUAUCUACGACGAUCAUCGGUGCAGGGAUCAUGGCCUUGCCGGCGGCCAUGAAAGUUGUGGGUGUGAGUGUGGGCGUUGCUUCCAUCGUCUUCCUGGCCUUCCUCACGCACACCUCUCUCGAGAUUCUUCUCCGAUUCAGCAGAGCCGCCAAGGCCACCACCUACGCCCACCUCAUGGGCGAUGCUUUUGGGAGCUCCGGCGCCCUGCUCUUUCACGUGGCGGUGCUUCUCAACAACUUCGGAAUACUUGUUGUUUACGUCAUCAUAAUCGGUGAUGUCUUGUCGGGAACAUCUUCCAGUGGAGUCCAUCAUUUUGGGGUGCUUGAAGGCUGGUUCGGUCAGUGCUUCUGGACUGACCGCACUUUCGUUCUGCUUCUCGCAACUCUCUUCGUAUUUGCUCCAUUGGCCUUCUUUAAGAGGAUAGAUUCGUUGAGACAUAGUUCUGCUUUAGCAGUGGCUCUGGCCAUUGUUUUUCUACUCAUAACUGCGGGAAUCACGUUCUUCAAAUUGUUCAAUGGCAGCAUAACCAGUCCUAGGAUGCUUCCUAAUAUUACUGAUGUUUCAUCCAUAUGGAAUCUCUUUACAGCAGUUCCAGUUCUUGUGACAGCAUUUGUUUGUCACUACAAUGUGCAUACAAUCGAAAAUGAAUUAGGAGAGCCUUCCCUGAUGCAACCGGUUAUACGUGCAUCACUGGUUCUGUGUUCUAGUAUUUAUAUUCUUACAGCAUUAUUUGGAUUUCUCCUAUUUGGUGAGUCAACACUUGAUGAUGUGCUGGCCAACUUUGAUUCUGAUCUGGGUAUCCCUUAUAGCAGUCUACUCAAUGACAUUGUUCGUAUCAGCUACGCCCUCCACCUCAUGCUUGUUUUCCCAGUUAUCUUCUUCUCACUACGCUUCAAUUUGGACGAUCUCAUCUUUCCUUCAGCUAGGUCCUUGGAUUUAGAUCAUCGUAGGUUUGUCUUGAUCACCAUUGGACUCAUCACUUCAAUCUAUGUGGCUGCAAAUUUUUUACCUUCUAUCUGGGAUGUGUUUCAAUUCACUGGAGCUACUGCCACAGUUUGCCUUGGGUUUAUUUUCCCUGCUGCAAUUUCUAUCAGGGAUCCUCAUGGGAUAGCAACAAAGAAGGACAAGGUUUUAUCCAUCGUCAUGAUUUUUCUUGCUGUGUUCUCAAAUCUUGUGGCUCUAUACAGUAAUGCUGAAGCUUUGUUCAGAAAACAUGUGGAUCCUCACCAGUGAGUUAUGUGUUGCCUAUUUUAUCGGUAACCCAACUCAUCAAGUUGAACUACACAUUCUUAACCAUGGAAAAUGCACCAAUCCUUGAUAGUUCAGUAGGUCAAAUUGAAUGUGUGGAUUAUUUCAGAGUUGGUUUGAAAAACCACUGAACUUUUCAAGGUUCACCUUUGGAAAUGUUUUGGAAAUACGACUGAAUUUGGAAGAUUUGAUAGAAUUGCAAACAGGAAUGGAAGACUAUCUCAAAUAAGGAUAUUUAUUAGAACUUUAA